AUGAUGACUAUUGUGACUGUCCAGACGGCAGUGAUGAACCUGGCACCUCGGCUUGCUCAUUUAUAUCCUCCCUCUCUCCCACUCCCAGGCUUUUACUGCAAGAAUAAAGGCCAUGUCCCUCUUUAUGUCAACUUCCAGAGAGUCAACGAUGGGGUCUGUGACUACGACAUAUGCUGUGACGGAAGUGAUGAGUGGGCACACGUUGGCGGUCUAAAAUGCGAGGAUAAAUGCAAGGAGAUCGGAAAGCAAUGGAAGAAGACCGAAGAGGAGAAAGAUAAAUCAUACGCUACAGCUUUACGAAAACGCAAGGAACUCGUUGCCAAGUCAUCCAAAACGAAACGGGAAAUGCAGGAGCGAAUUUCCGUUCUUGAGAAGGAAGCCCAGGAGCUUGAAGUUUCAGUCAAGGACCUCGAGGCAGAGUUGGAGACUGUCCGAGCAAACAACAGGGGUAAAUCAGCUGGUGGUCAGAAACAAGGAAAGGCCUAUGAGCUGGCACAACUUGCAAAGACUAGGACUGAUACCCUCCGAACCGUACUAGCGGAAGUACACCACCAAAGGGAUCAAGUGGUAAAUCUCUUGCGUGAGGCCGAGGGGAUACUUUCCAAAUUUAAAGAAGAGUAUAACCCGAACUUCAACGACGAGGGUGUAAAACGUGCUGUGCGUAGUUGGGAGGACUACAUUGCACGAAAGGAAGAAGGGGACGGUGACCUCUUUGGGGAUGCCGACCUCUUUGAUGCCCUUAAACCCGAGCACGAUGAACCAUUCAACGACCCGGAACAGUGGGCGGAAGAAGCCGAAGUCGGGUUAAUAUACAAGUUGGCAUAUUUCUUGCCUGCUAGUGUUGUGAACUCCAUCGAAGAUAGCCUUUCCGGCCUCCGAUCCGCAUUGGUCUCGAACGGCCUUCUUGCAGAUAAUUCACUUGAUAGUGACUCGAAUGAACCACGAGCAGUGAAAGAAGCCAGAGACCGAGUUUCUAACGCACAGUCUUCUCUUGACUCGAAAAAAUCAGAAAUCAAGAGACACAAAGGCGACCUCGAACAUGACUUUGGCGCUGACUCUGUUUUCCGAGCACUCAAGGGAGAAUGUAUCUCCAAGGAUUCAGGCGAGUAUACUUAUGAACUCUGCUGGAUGGAGCAGACUAAGCAGAAAUCCAAGAAAGGCCGUGGAGAUACGACGAUGGGCAAUUUCGAGAAGAUCUCCUCCAUGGUUGUGGACGAGGCCACCCCAUCUGGCCAAAUUGUACAGAAAACGAAGGUCACGCUCUUGUACACCAACGGCCAAUCAUGCUGGAACGGCCCCUCUCGAUCGACGACAGUGAUUCUGGAGUGUGGUGAGAACAACGAGCUGACGAAAAUCUCAGAGGACGAGAAGUGUAUCUACUCUAUAUUCGUGACCACCCCCGCAGUCUGUGACUCUCCAGGGAAGAAUGAGGCGGAAAGCAGCGGAAAGGAUGAGCUAUAA